AUGAUUCCCAGGGCUAUAAUCACAAGAAGCCUCCGGCGCGCAGCGCCCUCAAAACGAACCCUCAGAUCCCUCACACGACACCAACAACCACAACCCCAACCACAACGACCCUACGCAACUCUAAUAAACACCCCCAUAUCCCUCAUCCGCCCCCACCAACAACCCACCGCCCUCUACUCCUCCAGCUCCAACAAAUCCGCCGCCGACGAAAAAAUCGAAGAAAUCACCGAGCUCUACGCAACCGCGCAAGACGAAUUCGAGAUCGCCAUGGAGGAGACCGAGAAGGUGUCUGUGUACGCCGAGGAGGACCGCAAGGCGGCGCGGGAGGAGCUGGAGAAGGUCAAGGAGGCUUUUCAGCAGGCGGUGAAUGGGGAGGAUCAGGCGUUGGCGGAGGAGGUGAAGAGGAGGGUUGGGCAGAGGAUUAGGGAGUUGGAGCAGGGGGUUGCCGCGAUGGAGGAGUUGGCGCAGAAUCAGGAUUAG